CCAAUCUCGCUAUCUCCCGAUUCCCAUGGCUUUGCUCUUCCCAGCCGUUCCACUCUUCUCCUCCUUCCCCUCUUCCUCUGCCUCCUCGAAACCCUCGCUCCCCCUCCUCUCCUUCCUCCGCCGCCGUUCCAUCAGCGCUCUCCGCCCUAUCGCUGCCUCCCGCAGUGCGGACCAGUUCGAUCCUUCGCCCUCCGACAACGACCCCCCGGAGGUACCCGAAGACUCCUCCCACGGGGUCUCCCGCUUCAGCCAGUUCGAGCGUCAGGUGUCCCGCGCCCGCCGCCGCCAGGACGAGCAGUUUAAGAAGGACCUGCCAGUUUUUCUCCAGGCGCUUGCCGACGAGGAGGACCCGCCCCUUCUUCCCGGAGACCCCUCGUCCUCCGGGGACGACCUCUUUGGCGACAUUGAUCGAGCCAUCGCCCUCAAGCGCCAGGAGUUCGUCAAGCAGGGACUUUUGCCGCCGAAUCCCUCGAAAAAUCAGUCGCCACCGCCUUCGAAUGAGGCCCUUGAGGGCAUCGAAGAGCUUGCUCCCGAGGAGGUCGUCGACCUCGAGGAGAUCCAAGAGCUCCAAGGCCUCACUAUCAUCUCGGACGACGAGGAGGAUCAAUCCGAUGGGGAAAACCCUUUCGAUUCCCCCGACGGUGAGGUUGCUGAACAAGGAUCCAAUGGGGCAGCCUCGGAGUCCUUGUUUGAUCUUGAUGUGGAUGCCUUCGGGAGAACUCCUGCCCGAAUUUUUGAACCCAAGUUCAAGAUGACCCUUGCAGAGCUCCUGGAUGAGAGUCCAGUAGUGCCGAUUUCAGUCUAUGGUGAUUUGGAGAUCUCAAUCUCUGGGAUACAACACGAUCCAAAGGAAGUUACUGUGGGCGAUCUCUUCGUGUGCUGCAAUAGUUCCAAGAUGGACGGGCAUGACUACCUCACUGAGGCUGAUAAACGAGGAGCAGUAGCAUUGGUUGCUGAUGAGGAGAUAAACAUUGAAGAGACCUUAGGAUGUAAAGCUCUGGUCAUCGUGGAGGACACCAGCACAGUGCUUCGCAUCCUUGCUGCCUCAUUUUACAGGCGCCCUUCGAAUAGCAUGUCUGUCAUUGGGGUCGGAGGAACACACGGUAAAGCCACGACUUCUCACUUGGUUAAGGCAAUGUAUGAUGCUAUGGGAUUGAGGACGGGGAUGUUAGGCACACUUGGGUGUUAUGUUCAUGGUGAGAACAGAUUGGAUGAUCCUAACGCAAUAACUGAUGCGGUAGUGACACAGAAAAUGAUGGCAAAGAUGGUGCACAACGGGACUGAGGCAGUUGUUAUGGAGGUUCCUGCUGACGGUUUGGCUGUUAAAAGGUAUGAUGAGAUUGACUUUGAUAUUGCAGUCUUUACAAAUUUGACAAGUGAACACCCUGAAUUUGUUGGGAACGAGGAAGAGUAUAGGAAUGCUCAAGGAAAAUUGUUUGCAAUGAUGGUUGACCCUGAGAGGCAUCGGAAAGUUGUGAACAUCGAUGACCCAAACGCUCCUUAUUUUGUUGCACAGGGGAAUCCUGAAGUUCCUUUUGUGACUUACUCCUUGGAGAAUAAGAAUGCUGAUGUUCACACUUUGAAGUUUGAGCUUUCAUUGUUUGAGACGCAGGUGUUGGUGCAAACACCCAAUGGAAUAUUGGAGAUCUCUUCUGGGUUACUUGGGAGGCACAACAUCUAUAACAUUCUUGCAGCAGUUUCAGUUGGAAUAGCUGUAGGAGCACCAUUGGAGGACAUUGUGAGGGGAAUUGAGGAAGUUGAUGCAGUUCCCGGUAGGUGUGAGCUUAUAGACGAGGAGCAAGCAUUUGGAGUAGUUGUAGACCAUGCAAAGACACCUGAGGCUCUGUCCAGACUUUUGGAUGCUGUUAGAGAGCUUGGCCCUCGUAGAAUUAUCACUGUCAUUGGAUGUGAAGGUGAGCAAGAGAGAGGCAAGAGACCUCUAAUGACAAAGAUUGCAACCGACAAAAGUGAUGUGGUUAUGUUGACAUCUGACAAUCCGAGAAAUGAAGAUACAUUGGACAUCUUGGAUGACAUGUUGGCUGGUGUUGGGUGGACUAUGCAAGAUUAUUUGAAAUAUGGUGAAAAUGAUUACUAUCCACCCUUGUCAAAUGGCCAUAGGCUUUUCUUACAUGACAUCAGAAGAGUUGCUGUGCGCUGUGCUGUAGCAAUGGGCGAGGAAGGUGAUGUAGUUUCAAUUCAGGUUGUUGCUGGCAAAGGCCAUGAGACAUAUCAAAUUGAAGGCGACAAGAAGGAAUUUUUAGAUGAUAGGGAAGAUUGCAGAGAAGCAUUGCAGUAUGUUGAUGAGCUGCACCAAGCUGGAAUAGACACAAGUGAAUUCCCAUGGAGAUUACCAGAGAGUCACUGAAGGUUUGCUGGUGAACUAGCUGUACAAUUGAAAAAGCUGCUAAUUUGUGAUCAUUAAGACAGUUAGAGCAUGUUGUGAAAGAACACUUUUGUCCAUCAAGAAAGCUUAUCAGGUGUGCUCAUGUCAUUAAAGCUACAAACUGUAGAAUGAGGUGAAUCUGAAAUAGUUCUUACAUUUCCUAUAAGACUGUUUUUUAAGGAUUAAAUACAUGUUCAAGCAUUUGGAAUUGGAUAACUUUUGGCUUGGAAUUAGUUUCUUUGUACAUAUUAUUUAAAACUAUGAAAUUUCUUCCAACCUAAACAAACCUGAAGAAUGUGCCCUAUAUUUGUAGGAUUGUGCAUCCUAUUAUUAUA